CUUUUUUAAUUUCCUUACGACGUGUUCGUAGACACCUCGAAUAAUCUGACCUCUCCGUCAACGAAAACAGAAAAAACCAUAGUUAGUUUUGGGGUUUGCAAAGGUUUAACAAAAACCCAAACUCCCAGCGGCCAAAAUACCAAAACCGCUUCAAGUUCCGCCAUGAGAAAACCCCCCAUCUCGAUCUUCUCACAGCUCUGUCGUCACAGACCGAAAUCAUUUGCCACCCUUGUAUCCAGAAAUUAUUUUUGUGACCCUUCUUCUACUGCCCCGCUAGUCUCCCCCACCCAUCUCAAGCCCUGCGCCAAAACUCAUGGCUUAUUGUUCAAGCCCAACCAGUUUCGAACCAAUCCUUUUCGAAAUAUGGAUACCCUUGUCGGGAACCCGAGCCAACUGUCCUCGAGGCAGAAAAAACUGAAGGAAAAAUCUGAGCUUGAAGAGGCUUUUGAGUCUGCGAAGACCGCCGAGGAAAUGCUCAAGGCUUUCAAGGACAUGGAAUCAGUUUUUGAUGAGAGGGAUCUUGGAUUGGCUUCCUUGAAACUUGGCCUCAAACUCGACCAAGAAGGUGAGGACCCUGAAAAGGUUCUAUCUUUUGCAAAUAGAGCUUUGAAAGCUUUCGAUAGAGGUGAUAAACCUUCUUCUUUGCUUCUUGCAAUGACUUUGCAAUUAAUGGGUUCUGUUAAUUAUAAUUUGAAAAGGUAUGCUGAUAGUUUGGGGUACCUUAAUAGGGCCAAUCGGAUAUUGGGUAGGUUAGAGUCUGAGGGUUUAAGCGGUGAGGAUUUUAGACCAGUGCUUCACGCAGUGCAACUCGAGUUGGCAAAUGUGAAGACAGCAAUGGGGAGGAGAGAGGAGGCUCUUGGGCAUCUUAGGAAGUGUUUGGAGAUUAAGGAGAUGACUUUGGAGAAAGAUUGUAGGGAAUUGGGUAAAGCAAACCGAGAUUUGGCCGAAGCAUAUGUUGCAGUUUUAGACUUUAAGGAGGCUUUGCCAUAUUGUAUGAAGGCGUUGGAGAUACAUAAGAAGCAUUUGGGUCAGAACUCGGUGGAGGUUGCAUAUGAUAGGAGGAUUCUUGGGGUUAUUUAUACUGGUUUAGAGGAGCAUGAGAAGGCCCUGGAGCAGAAUGAGCUGUCACGAAAGGUUUUGAAGAAUUGGGGUCAUGAUUCUGAUUUGCUCCGUGCAGAGAUUGAUGCUGCUAAUAUGCAGAUUGCGCUGGGGAAAUAUGAAACCGCUAUUAAUACUUUGAAGGGUGUUGUCCAGCUCACAGAUAAGGAUAGUGAGACUAGGGCAUUAGUGUUUAUAUCAAUGGCAAAAGCGUUGUGUAAUCAGGAAAAGUUUGCAGACACAAAAAGGAGCUUGGAGAUUGCUUUGGGAAUUCUUGACAAGAAAGAAACAGCCACUCCAGUGGAAGUUUCUGAAGCAUACUCAGAGAUAGCGAUGCAAUAUGAAACUAUGAACGAGUUUGAAACUGCAAUUUCUUUAUUAAAGAGAUCGUUGGCUUUGCUUGAGAAGCUCCCACAAGAACAGCACUCUGAAGGAAGUGUUUCUGCAAGAAUAGGGUGGUUGCUUUUGUUGACAGGUAAGGUGGCGCAGGCUAUUCCAUUUUUGGAGGGUGCUGCGGAAAGGCUGAAAGAGAGCUUUGGUCAGAAGCAUUUUGGUGUUGGGUAUAUCUACAACAAUUUGGGGGCAGCAUAUCUGGAACUAGAUAGACCUCAGGCAGCUGCUCAGAUGUUUGCAGUUGCAAAGGACAUCAUGGAUGUAUCUCUUGGUCCUCAUCAUGCUGAUUCCAUUGAAGCAUGUCAGAACCUCUCAAAAGCGUAUGGCUCCAUGGGAAGCUAUGCUCUAGCAAUAGAAUUCCAGCAGCGAGUAAAUGAUGCAUGGGAAAACCAUGGCUCAAGUGCAGAAGAUGAACUCCGAGAAGGCCGCCGACUUCUUGAACAGCUAAAGAAAAAGGCCCAUGGUGCAUCAUCAAAGGAUCUUCCCAUAAAGGCCUUGCCCAUGCCCACUGACGUCUCUUCCAGGAGCUCACAACCUGGUAUCCCUGCCGGUCAAAAGUAAUCCAGCACAAGUUAGACACCUUCUUUAUAAACCAAUCCACUACAUACUCUUUCACAUUGCCACGUGACUUUCUUGUACCAAUUAUCGUUGAAAUGGUGAGGUUGGUUUCUUGCUCUUUUGAUGCGUUGGAAGAUUGUGCGUAAGCCUGUCAUUUGAGCCACCGAAUUUGAUUAUGGCGAAUGUAUCAAUUUUGAUUUUUCAGGA